AUGACGAGAGAACACGUGUUCUCUUCAAUUAAACAAAGUAUGAACAAGAAAUAGUUGAGGGAAGGAAUUUAUGAUGUAGCAGAAAUCAAAGGUCAUCGUCGUACAUAUGUUGGCUCCAUGCCAGGAAAAUUAAUCCAGUGUUUGAAGGCAACACAGACUGAGAAUCCGUUAGUUCUAAUAGAUGAGGUUGAUAAGAUUUUCAGAGGACAUAUAGGAGACCCUACAUCAGCAUUGUUAGAAGUAUUAGAUCCAGAACAAAAUGCCAACUUCUUAGAUCAUUAUCUUGAUGUCAAUGUUGAUCUAUCUAAAGUAUUAUUUAUCUGUACUGCCAAUAAUCGUGAGAGAAUUCCCGGACCAUUGUUAGACAGGAUGGAGCUUAUAGAUUUAUCUGGUUAUGUUGCUGAGGAGAAGUUAGCUAUAGCUGAGAAACAUUUGGUGCCUCAAGCUCAGGAACACUCGGGAAUCAAGGCAGAUCAGGUGACGCUAUCCCAGAAUGCCCUCCAGGAAUUAAUACACCAUUAUUGUAGAGAGAGUGGUGUGAGAAAUCUACAGAAACAUGUAGAAAAGAUUUACAGGAAAGCUGCAUUUAAAAUAGUAUCUGGAGAUGCCACGAAUGUUAUAGUUGGUUUAAAUGAACUACAAGAUUUUGUUGGCAAGCCCCUGUUUACAAAGGAUAGGAUGUACCAGUCAACUCCUGCUGGUGUUGUUACAGGCCUGGCAUGGACGUCCAUGGGUGGAGCAUCAUUAUAUAUAGAGACAAUCAUUAAGAAAGCAGUUGACAAUGACCCGGAAAAGAAAGGUUCUCUAGAGAUUACAGGUAACAUUAGUAAAGUGAUGGAAGAGAGUGUACAUAUAGCAUACACCCAGGCUAAGUUGUUACUUGAUAAACUAGAUCCAGGAAACAAACAACUCGAAAAGGGCGAAUUACAUCUUCAUAUACCAGAGGGAGCCACACCAAAAGAUGGACCAAGUGCUGGUGUUACCAUAGUUACAGCAUUAUUGUCUCUAGGUCUUGAUAAGCCAUGUAGACAAGAUCUAGCUAUGACAGGAGAAAUCUCUCUUACAGGCAAAGUUCUAGCUAUAGGUGGAGUGAAAGAAAAAGUUCUAGCAGCAAGGAGAGCAGGUAUGAAAUGUGUCAUUCUGCCAGAAGAAAACCGUAAAGACUUUGCAGACCUACCUGACUGUAUCACAAAGGACUUAGAAUUUUUAUUUUGCAGACAAUUACACUGAUGUUUUUUAGAAUUGCAUUCCUGAUCUCAUACCACCAAGUUGAUAUUUGCUAGUGGCAACGAAAGAGUGAAAAAGACAUAUAUGAAACUGUUUGUGUAAUGUAAAGUGUGGGAAAUCCAACUUGGAUUUUAAGUGUAAUGUUUAAGGGUCAUGCCUUUAGUUGAGAUCUGAGAUGAUGAGAGUAUGUGAGUUUAACAAGAGAAUGGUAGUGACAAGUUGGGUCUGUUUUGUGAGCACUGUAGGAAGGGCAUUAAGUCUUUAUGUGCUCAUGUUCAUGAAUUUAAAAUAAAUAUAAGGCUUGGCACAGUAUUGGUACAGUAUGUGUUACAAUCACAGUUUGAAUCUUGAUAGUAUAACACAUGUAAUUCUUCCGUCAUUGAUUUGGUUUGCUAAAAAUAGAAGACUUGACAUACGAAUACGAAUACAGGCAAGUUAUACUCAUACAGAAUACACACAAAUAGGUUGAUAAUUGUCACAUAAUGACAGCAAAUUUCAAGAUU